AUUAACGUAAAACAACUCCCGAAUCCGUCUACAUCGCCAACUUCAGAGCAACAAACACUCCCUAACCAAAAGCUCAACCUCCGGUCAAUCCAUUAAAAAUUAACUGUCCAAAUAUACGAAAACCGCAGAAAUCCUCCUCUCCCCUUCGCAAUGCCAAUCCGCAAGGUCAAAGCCAGGCAGAUAUUCGACUCGCUGGGUCAGCCGACGGUCGAGGUCGACUUAAUAACGGAUAUUGGUUUGCUGCGCAGCUCCGUGCCGUGCAGUUCGCUUUUUCCCGGUGACAACGAGGCUAAAGAAAUUCGGGACGACGACGAGGCGGCUUACAAUGGUCGAUCGGUUCUUAAAGUCGUGGAAAGCAUCAACAACGUCAUAGCUCCGGAAAUUCUGAAGUCUAAGCUCGAGGUGAACCAGCAGCGCGAGAUCGAUCUCCUGAUGCAGAGCCUCGAUGGAACGCCGGACAAGUCUAAGCUCGGCGCGAACGCGAUGCUCGGCGUCUCGGUUGCCUGCUGCAAGGCCGCAGCCGCUAAAAGAGGCUUGCCACUUUACAGGUACAUAGCGAUCCUCAGCGACAGCGGAGCGAACGUUCGCCGACUGCCCGUUCCAGUUUUCAGCCUCAUGAGCGGAGGACGCGCAGCGGGAAACGGCCUCGUCUAUCAGGAAUUUCUCAUUCUGCCAACUGGCGCGGAAACGUUCGCCGAAGCGAUGCGAAUGGGCACGGAAAUCUACCGCGACCUCGAGCGCAAGCUCGCCGAGCUGCAAGAACUUAAGCCGCCCCUAACAGUAGCAGACGACGGCGCCUUCGCACCGGGGCUCGAGGACGACAACGAGGCUCUGACGACCCUCGACGAGGCCAUCAAGAGCGCCGGCUAUGAUGGAAAGGUCAAGAUCGCCCUGGACGUCGAUGCCAGUGCUUUCUUUCGCGAGGGCAUGUACGAUCUCGAGUUCAAAACCGACGAAUCUGACCCGGAAAACUACCUAGAGCCGGAAGCUCUGAGAGAACAGUACACCGAUCUUUUCACCGAAUUUCCUGCUAUCGUCUCGGUGGAAGAUCCCUUUGAUCAAGAUGAUUGGGACAGCUGGUCGGCUCUGGUCAGUCAAGCGCCGACUGUGCAGGUAGUCGCCUCGUUGCUGACGGCAACGAAUCCCGAGCGCAUCGAGGAAGCCAAGGAGAAACAAGCGGCAAAUUGUCUGUCGAUCAAAUUGGGACAGAUUGGGACGGUCACCGAAGCGAUCGAGUGUGUCAAGGCGGCCAGAGCCGCCGGUUGGAGCUAUCUUGUCAGCGCAGGUCACGGUGAAACCGAAGACACUUUUAUCGCGGAUUUUGCGGUCGGCGUUUCGGCGGGUCAAUUCAAAGCCGGGGCGCCCUGUCGUGGCGAGCGGCUCGCCAAGUACAAUCAGAUUCUGAGAAUCGAGGAGGAACUCGGCCAGGAAGCCAGAUACGCCGGAGAGAAGUUCCGGGAGCCGAUCGAUGAUUGAAGAGCUAGGUAUAACCCGAUCCGCCUCUCUAUUUCGUUCGCGAAUACGAAACACUGAACUCACCGUCGCCCGUGCAGUAGAAUCCGUGAAACCUGUCGAAGUACGUGCUCUGGAAUCGCUCGUGGUUGCCGUAGAGCGUGCGCAUCAUGCCGGGCCAGGGCCUGCGGAACACGAGAUAUCCCUCGCCUUCGCCCUCGAUCACGUGGCCGUCCUCGUCCAGCAGCUCGGGUUGUACGCCGAAGAACGGAAAGCUCUGCGAAACAACACCGGAGAGGCUAUAAUUACCUGUGAUGAAAAGCUAACUCACGGCUGAGCCAGGCUUCAUGGGCGUCGCGCCGGGCAGCGGUGUGAUGACGUGACCGCCGGUCUCGGUCUGCCAGAACGUGUCGGCUAUGCUGCACUUACCGUGACCCACGAGGUUGUAGAACCAGAGCCAAGCUUCCGAGUUGAUCGGCUCGCCCACCGAGCCGAGAACCUAGAGGAGAGGAGAAAAAAAAUUGUGCAAUGGCAAAAUUUUACGAGACAAAAAAAAAGUAAAACACAACUUGCGAAAUGAGUA